CAUCAUGCUCUGCUGUUGUACAGAUAAAUGUGUCAUUGUAAUACAUAACCUAGUUGUCACAGAAUAAUUUGAUUUAAUAAUUACUUAGUUAAGAUGAAUGUUAUCAGGAGAGUAUUGUCUUUGGAACACAGUAACGUGUUUAAUGUCAUCCACAGAUCCGUCGCUUACAAAAGCGCCAUUUCUUUGGACAAUUUAUAUCCAAGCAGUAAUUUGAAGUUAACAUCACCUACAAAGCCUGAGACAAGCUUGUCAAGUAAGUUUUCUGGUUUCAUCCCUGUAAAUCAAUUGGAAAUCACAUAUUCACGAAGCACUGGACCAGGAGGACAAAAUGUCAAUAAAAUUAAUACAAAAGUUGAUAUGAGAUUCCACUUGGACACUGCUGAGUGGUUAGAUGCAGAUAUUAGGAGCAAAUUAGCUGAGAAGCAUAAAACCAAAUUGACCAAAGAAGGGUAUCUCAUAUUCCGAUCAGAUCUUACUCGUUCGCAACAGAUGAACUUAGCAGACUGUUUGAACAAAUUGCGAAUGUGCAUUGUCGAAGUCACACAAGAAGCGGCUGCACCAUCGGCAGAUACCGUGGAGAGGAUUCGAAGACGUCAAGAGAAAGCCAUACGAGAGAGGCUGAUACAGAAGAGGCUACGAUCACAGACCAAAGCUGACAGGAAAGCGCCGAGUGCUGAAGAUUUUUAAAGUACUCUAUGCAAUAAAUAAUAACACUGUAACAGUUACGAUUUUCAAUAAAUUAAUUAGAUUAUUUUACUUUAUGCAUUUAUUCUCUUUCCGACUUGAUUGUCAGACGUAAUCGUGCGUCGAAAUCUGAUCUUAAUAAUAGAGUAACAAGAUGAGGAGGCCGCGUCCAAUCCAAUGACGCGCGAAAUUAUCAACUAUCUCGACUACAUACUAUUCUCAUAGAUAUAUUAUAAUAAAAUUUAAAUUGACUAAAAACGAUAGAAAACAAAUCAUUAUACUUAACAAAA